CCCGACCACCAUCAUCUAGUCGCAGGCUUAACUGGAUUGCAGAGCCUCGAACGCCAGAAUGAUCAAGCGUAAGGCUAUGCGCGUCCAGUCGGACGACGAUUCUGAGGGAGAAAGCACUGUCCCCGUUAAGCGAUCCAGGGUUGACGAGCAGCCACUUGAGAGCGAGGAGGAGUUGAUCGACGUAGAAACGUCAGAGGUCCCCAGUCGUCUUCGCCGGCAAUCCUCCACCAGCAAACGUCCCUCCAAAUCCACAACCAAAGCCCCUCCCGCGAAGAAGCGCAAGCGCGUCGUUGGGUCGGAUGCUGGCUCGGAAGACGACUUCUUCAAUGACGCGGUGGACAGCGGCGAAGAUGACGAGCCCCCGCCCGAGGAGUAUGACGACGGGGACGAUGACUUCGUGGUGGACGACGCGCCCAAGCGCGGGAAGGCCAAGUCCACCGGCGCUCGUGGCAAGGGUCGAUCGCGCGCGGCGGAGAAGGAGGACACGAAGGACAUCAAGAUGAAGGACGAGCGACAGCAGAAGCCACCGCCUGCGAAGCGCGCGCGACCGGCGGAUGCGGACGCAGCUGCCCCGGUGGCGCCUGAGCCUGGACCGAGCGUGGUAUCGGUGAAGGGACUCCCUCGAAUCAAGAAGAACAACUCGAGCGCGAGCACCGCGCCUGGGACACCGUCAAAUCCCGCUGCAGCGAAGCCGGCGGUGGCGGGCAAGCCCUCUGCACCUACGACGAAAGCGGCGGCGCUGGACUUGAAGAAGGACCUCGGCUUGAAGACGAGCUCGCGCAAGGCUGCUGCGACUCAGCCGGCUAGUGAUCUCGACCUGAACAACAAGGACAAUUGGGCGUCGUUAUUCAAGGGUGGCACAGGCCCUCCGCGUGCAGGCGUGAAGAACGAUGACGGGCGUAAGGAGCUAGAAAAGAAACGAGAAGCAGAACGCGCGAGGCGAAUGGAAACCCUGCGCAACACCUUCGACCUCCAAGCGCAAACCGAAAAGAUCAUCCGCUUCGAAGAACGUCUCAGAAGCGCAAAGAGCGGCGUUGCAUUCCCCAAAUUCCUCGCCGCGAAGUGGCGAGACGUCUACGAGCGCGGGAAGCAGCAAUCCACGGCGACUGCCAACGGGACGCCACAGCACCCACAGUCCUCGCGAACGCCCCAGCAUAAUACGCGGACUCCCCAACAUAUGCAGAACGCGCAGACGCCUCAGUAUACCCAAAUCAUGCAGACGCCCCAGCACUCGCAGCAUGUUCAGACGCCGCGUUAUUCGCAGGAUCUGCAGACACCUCAGCACUUGCAGGACGCGCAGCCGACUGCCGCGGCUGCGUGAGAGUGCUUGUCGCACCUGCCUCUUGCUGGGUGCAUGUCUGUUGCGGGACGUAUCUCUUUCGCGCUGGACGCUUUCUUUACGUGGAUGUAACACCAAUGUAUGUUCCUCGAGUUUGACGCGUUUGAACCAUUGCGAAA